AGUAAUUUUCAAAUAUCCACCUUGAUACUCCACUAUGAUCAGAGAAAGCCCAUCACAAGUGGUCGGGGAAGCAGUUCCGAAUAUUGACCAUGCAGUUUCCGUAUCCUUACCCACUUGGGAAGCGACUGUUGGGUAUGAAGAAGGAGAAGACUGGGUUGUAAGUAAGAUGAGCUCGGGUUAUCCCAGGUUUUUCUUUCAUCCAAUCAUCCAAACUCUUUCACAAAGAGUAGAGGAAAAAUUUGGAAGAUCCAAAGAAAAAUGUAUGAUAUACCCUUCUUAUGAUAUUGCAAAGAGAUGCAGAGCCUUCAUUCAAGAGAAAGCACCUCAAAAGACUCCUGUAAGAUUAUUACAGUUAAGUACUCCAGAACCCAAAUCGGAGGCAGAAAAAUCGAGCGUGAUUGCAACAACGAUUGGUGUUGUGUUUUUCCCAACCUCGGUAGCAUCGUUGGCAAAAAACUACUGGCAGCAUGCUGGUGAAGGGAUAAGCUCCAGAUUGGCAGAGUAUUUACUAAAAACAUUAUUUGAUGAAUCUAGCAGUGGUCAGCACUCGAUCAAGUUCAAUCCAGUCGAUUUAGGAGCGAGUAAAUCCGAGUUACAGGCCAAAAAGAUUCAAGCUUUAUCACCAAGUCUAAGCGUCAGAAAGCCUCGGAAAGAUGAAAAUAUGCAAGAGUCAGAUAUUCAUAUUGAACAAAAGUACGGGAGAGUUUUGGAUUUGAAGUUUGGUGAUGCUGCUAAAACGGCUCUUCGAAAAAGAAUUACUGGUGGGUUAGCAGAGCAUGUGCAACAACUGACAGAUACUCCACUUAACUAUGAAGAUGUCUACUUGUUCUCCACUGGUAUGGCAGCAAUUUUCAAUGCCCACAGAGCCUUGUUGAACUCGCAAGAGCCUAGGAUGUCGGUAUGUUUUGGCUUCCCUUAUGUGGAUACCUUGAACAUUUUGAAAAAAUUUGGGCCUGGAGUUCAUUUCCUCGGAAUGGGUGAUGAUAAAGCUUUGGAAGAGCUCGAGGAGAAUUUGGAGAACGGGAGUUAUAAUAUUAUGGGAUUGUUCUGUGAAUGCCCAUCGAAUCCGUUAUUAAAGACUCCAAACUUGAAAAAGAUAAGACAAUUAGCAGACAAGUUCAAGUUCGCUAUUGUGGUUGACGAUACAGUGGCUAAUAUCAUUAACGUGAAUGUGAUGCCUUUUGCAGAUAUAGUUGUGACGUCGUUGACCAAGAUAUUUUCUGGUGAUUCGAAUGUCAUGGGUGGAUCGUUGUUCUUAAACCCAAACUCACCAAUGUAUAGUUCAUUGAAGCAGUUUUUUGAUAAAGACUAUGAAGAUACUUUUUGGGUGCAAGAUGCUUUGGUGAUGGAAAGGAACUCUCGUGAUUAUGCUGUUAGAUCAAAGAAAGUCAAUGAGACUUCGUUAGCCAUUGUUGAUUUCUUGCAAAAGAGCCCAUUGAUAUCCAAAGUGUACCACCCUUCUGUGUCCGAGUCCAAGAAGUAUUAUGAUGAGAUCAAAACUCCCAAUGGAGGGUAUGGAGGUCUUAUUUCAUUUUUAUUCCACGAUGCCAAUGACGCCGUGAGUUUCUUCAACUCGAUGGAUUUCCACAAGGGACCAUCUUUGGGAACAAACUUUACGUUGGCAUGUCCUUACACCAUUUUAGCACAUUAUCAAGAAUUGGAUGAAGUCGAGAAGUGGGACGUCGAUAGAAACUUGAUUAGAAUCAGUGUUGGUAUUGAGGAUAAAGAUGACAUUGUUGAGGUGAUUAAAUUCAGUUUAGAUGAAACCACAAAGACUCAUAAAUUAUAGAUUAGUACUUAUUCUUUAAAUCAUUUAUAUACAAAACCAUAGUUAUGGGUGCUUUUUGUAGCCCGGGAAUUUGACAUGAUGGCAUGGAGCUGGAGGGUCUCCAGUGAUUGGUUCAUGAAUUACUGUCCCCACAUACCAGUAUUUAUCACUAUUUUCAAAGAAUUUCUGCCAAUUGGCAAUGUCUUUCAAUGCCACUUCUAGAUCGAGGCCUCUCAAAUCAUAAGUGAACUCAUCGGGUUUAUUAAAGCAUCCAGUUGAAAAUGCUCUGGCACCGUCUUUCCCACUGAAAAAUCCAUAUGGACCUUUGGGACCGUACACCAGGCUUGAUCUUGUCACAUCAUAUACCUUACCAUUAAUGCCAAUGUAUAUGGGGAGUCGACUAUUACUCCCAUCAUACUGAGAAAGCUGUUCUAAGGUUAAAUUAACGUAAUUUCCUGUUAGCUUCCAGUUUACGUAGUGUGGAUCAAUCCAUCUGCCUUCAUAACCCCAGGUCGUGGAUGAGGUGAAAGCAUAUGAAAGAAUGCAAUUCACUAGAAGAAGCCCAGCUAUUAUUCUUGCUAUGUCCAGUAACCCGAAACUUUCCUCUUCAUCCACUUUUCUAUGGCCCUUGGACAUUGCAAUGCAAAAAUAAAACCACCUCUGAACGC